GCGACGUCGAAUGGUUCAAUGACUUUAGAGACCGUUUCUAUUUUCUCUCUGGUUUUGUCGUCGGGUCAGGCCGUAAGGAAGGGGGUCUUUGUUUGCGUUUCACGUUCGCGUUGUGCGGUGCGGAGUUAUUCGUGAUCGCGAUUCCUCGUAUCGUCGAGAAGGAAUGUGCCCGCAUUUUUAGUGGAAGCGUGGGUCUCGCUCCUCCCGGUCGAUGUGAAAUGUCGCGUUUGCCAGAGUGGCGCCAUCAUCAAGUGCAAGUGCAGUGAGGUGCAGUGGUGGUGUGUCGGAACGAGCGUGGGUCGGUUCGGCCACGGCGACCGAAGUACGCGGAGGUGGCGGUGGCCGUGCGGCCAUGACCGGCGACAUGCCUCUGGGGAGCGCGCACGCGUUCGGGCUCGCGUUGCUCCGGGACGGGGCACUGCCGCCGCUGGAGCCUGGCCCGCCCGCACCGCCGGCAGCCAACGCGCAACCGCCCGACAAGCGACCGACGGCCGCCGCCGCCAGUCCCGAGCAGGUCAUGAAGCUCUAUAUGAACAAACUCACGCCUUACGAGCACCGUGAAAUAUUCGACUAUCCUCAAGUGUACUUCAUAGGUGCGAACGCGAAGAAGCGCCCCGGCCUAGUCGGGUUCCCAAACAAUUGCGAGUAUGACAACGAGCAGGGCUCGUAUAUCCACAUCCCCCACGACCACAUAGCCUACAGAUACGAAGUGCUGAAAGUCAUCGGCAAAGGUAGCUUCGGGCAAGUGGUGAAAGCGUUCGAUCAUAAGAAACGCGAACACGUUGCCCUCAAGAUGGUCCGCAACGAAAAGCGGUUUCACAGACAAGCACAGGAGGAGAUCCGUAUACUGGAGCACCUCCGCGAGCAAGACAAGGACAACACGAUGAACGUCAUCCACAUGUUCGACUCGUUCACAUUCAGGAAUCACACGUGCAUCACUUUCGAGCUACUCUCGAUCAACUUGUACGAGUUGAUAAAGAAGAACAAGUUCCAAGGUUUCUCUCUGCAGUUGGUGCGUAAGUUCUCGCAUAGUCUUCUGCAGUGUCUGCACGCUCUAAACAAGAACCGCAUCAUCCACUGCGACAUGAAGCCAGAGAACGUGCUGCUCAAGCAACAGGGACGAUCUGGUAUCAAGGUGAUAGACUUCGGCAGCUCUUGCUAUGAGCACCAACGCGUCUACACGUACAUACAGUCGCGGUUCUAUCGCGCGCCUGAGGUGAUGAUGGGCGCCCGAUACGGUAUGCCCAUCGACAUGUGGUCCCUUGGGUGCAUACUCGCGGAGUUACUCAUUGGGUUCCCCUUACUACCCGGCGAAGACGAAGCGGACCAAAUGGCAUGCAUCAUAGAGCUGCUAGGCAUGCCUCCCCCCAAGUUAAUAGAACAGGGGAAACGGUCAAAGAACUUCAUCAGCAGCAAGGGCCUGCCGCGAUACUGCACGGCAACCACCCUCGCCGACGGAACCACCGUGCUCAGUGGAGGCAUGUCGAGGAGAGGCAAGCCCCGAGGUCCGCCGGGAUCGAAGAGUUUUGUUACUGCACUAAAAGGAUGUCAAGACAAAUUUUUCAUUGAUUUCAUUAGACGUUGCUUAGAAUGGGACCCAGAGAAGCGCCUCACGCCGGCCGCAGCGCUACGCCAUGCGUGGCUUCGGAGACGGCUGCCGAGGGCGCCCCACGACGACGAACCCAACCACGUUAGUAUCGCGCACCACGCCAAGCGCCUCGCGCACCCCAACUGCACUGACAAAUAGACGAGCGUUGCGAGCGGGGCGAGUGGCGCGGCGGGGGGCGGUGCAGCGGGGGGGCGAGGAGGCUCGCUGCGCACUCCGCUCGCGCGCACGCCUGUCACGUUCAACGCCUCGCAAGUCGCCAAAGCGAAGCUCCAAGCGGCGUUGUCGGAGGAGGGCGGGCGGUACUGGGCGGCGGGGGGUAAGCUGCCGCACCUCCCCGCGCCCUCCUAGCGCCCGCCCUCGACCAGGCGACUCGCCAAGGUGUCGUCCUUGGAGGUGCCCCGGCGGUGCGGCGCCGCCCCGUGCCCGCGCCCGGAGCUCGAGCGCCGCAGCCUCGACCUGGAGCGCGACCCGCGGCCCGACCGCGACUCCGACGCCUCCCUCGACGACCGGGACCACCUCGUGUGAACCGCGCGCGCCCUCCCCCUCCCAACCCCCCGCGCCAUACACAAAACCGCCCCCAAACAAAACGUUCAAAAUUGAUUUCGUUUGAUAAACACGAUGACAUCCAAAAUGGUUUUAGUUUUAAUAUUCCGAUUGUGACAUCUCGAUGUCACUACAAACCCGAACAAUAAUAUAUUUAUCAUAUCGACACUUAAAAGGCAAACGUGACUAAGCGACAAUAACUGCUUUAUACGUAAAUGAUAGGCAAUAAACAUAUUCGGUGCACAGAAAAAAAAAAAUUCUAGGUCUAUUCAAAUCAUUUCAAUCCUACAGCUCUAGAUUCGUUAAAAUAGAAUUUUUUUCAGGUAUUUCAACAUUAAAUUAGUCUACUGUUCAAACUAGUCUGAAGUUCACGCUUUGUCGCUGAGUCACGUUUGCUUUUCACGAUUAUGAUACAGUUAAUAAUUUGAAAAAGUUACCUUAAUCAGACGCUUUACUUUUGCGCUCGACUGUACUUUGUACAAUCGGCAACGAAAUACGUAAAUUAUGAAAAUAAUUGAAAUUCGAUUAUAGUCAAUUAGUUUUUGUUUUGUGUGUGUGCGCGUGCGUGUUCGCAUAGUACGGAGUCAAUUACAAGGCGGUUCGGGUCGUCCCAAGGAACUCAGUGCAGCGACGUUAAUGUUCGACGGCGAUCAAUAGUGGACACAACGACAGUGCGCACGCGAUACUUGCACUUACUGCCUAAGUAACAACGAUGUAUUUCCUGUAUACUCGUUCGUGUACCUAAGACCUUUUGGAGACACGUAAAUGAAGAACACCGGUUUCGUUAGUUUAUUCUCAUUUGAAUUUAUUUAUACUACACUAUUCCUUUAAAUAGACACUUAAAUAUUUAAUUGACCAUAUACUCUUAGAAGUGUCUUUCUAACGGAAUCGUGCAGUCGGGCGUUUUUUUCUUGUGUAUGAAACGCGGCGUCAAAACGCUCGACAUAGAAUACUAAUGCACAAUAAUGUUCCUACCUAGUUUAAUUUAACUUAAAUUACUUAGGCAGUAGGGGGAAGUUGAACUUUAUUCGCUUGGCGGCGAGCGUCCCAUCUAGUGCAUAGAGGCAAAAUUGAUCUCAAUAAAUAAAAUAAAGACUAUGAAUAAGUACGGACUUGUAGUGGAAUUGUGCGAGUAACCUAACGUGUUUUACUGUUUUCUAUGUAAUAUACAUAUAUCGUGAGAACGAUGUGUCGAUGUUAGCGCGUACUAAGUCUGGUUUAGUAUUUAGGUACCUCGACCACUUUAAGGGAACUCUUUGGGAGUAUUUUACCGAAAACGACUUUUGAGCUUUCGAGAGCUGAAUUUUUUGUUCGCGAGCACGGUCGCUUCGUAGUGUUUCUAAAUAACGUUUCGAAAUUCGUAGAAUCUUGCAACGUGCUAAAACAAGAUUUUAACUGAAUUGUUUGAUUCGUACUGCCAAAUGGUAACGCUUCGUCGCCGGAGUUUUCUCCGGGAUUGGCGUCACGGACACGCGAGCGAUGUUAAUGAUUGUAAUAAGUUUUUUUUUUCAUAAAAAAAAAAAAUCCCUCUCGAAAACCUUAGUAUAAGCGAACUUUAUUGUGUGACUAAAUAACGUAACAAUUUUUCUACAGAAACAUUUUUUGGUUAGUUAUAAUUUAAUUCUAUGGUAAGGUUUAGUUUACUUCUCUCAAGUGAUAUAGUGACGCUGUAUUAGUAAAGAAACUGUGACCUUAUAAUUGGAAUUUUUGGAUAUAAGGGUAGUUAGUUAAAAAGGCCUUUUGAACUAGUUUAAGGAACUAAGCUAUGUGGGUUUCGUUCAGUCAACAUAGCGUAGUGGAUGUUGUGAUUGCAUCGGUGUGAUUUAUGUAUUGGUUUGUCAGCGGUUUGACGAACGAGCGUGAAUGAAGUGCUGAACCGUUCAAACGUACUUGUGUACGAAGAUAAACAUACAAGGAAACUUUAGCGGCAUUUUAAACGCGCGUUUUUUUCUACGCUAGUCUGUCACGCCCUUGACUGCGCUUUAUGUAAACCAGUAGACGAAAUAUUUAACUGAAGACUCUUUGCCAUAUCUGUAUGGAGAGUUGUUAUAUACAAAUAGUAUAAUUACGAAAGUACAUGAUAUGUUAUUUAAAUUUGCAUUUUUUUUUUGUUUUGUAUCACGUUAUUACAACUUAUCUAAUGAUUUUAGUUUUUAUACUGUCGAACAUACCGUAGUGUUUUGACGCAGACAACUCGAGCCGAACGACUUAUGUUCGAUCAUAAUGUAAUUUGUUACAAUUUAUUUGCAAAAUGCAUUUCCAAUGUUGCUUCUCUGAGACGUUUUCUUCUAUCUAUCUCUAUGUAUAAAACGCAUUCUGUUUAAUUUCGUUUUGAGGCUUGAAGCUGCGAUCGUGUCGCAAUCAAAACUGUUUCUGACUCUUAAUUUUUUUUCCAUUUAAACUGUCUAUUAACCCUAUGACUGUUUUUUUUCAUUUAAACUGUCUAUUAACCCUUUGACUGCCAUGUGGGUCAUCGGUGCCCUAAGUCGAUUUCUGUUACUAAAUCGCCCAAAUAUCUAGUAGACUCUCGGAAAAACGAAUCCGAAGAUACUAAGUAUGAAUUAUAUUUCUAAGAGACCCAAAAAUACUGAAACACUUUAAAAAGCAGGCAAAGUUAUAACAGAAAUCGAUAUAAUUACUUGAGUGGGCCACGUGGGGCACCGGUGACCCACAUGGCAGUUAUAGGGUUAAUUACCGAAAAUGUUGUUGAAUUGUAUUCAACUGCAUUGCAUUGUAACUGUAUUGAAAUGCAUUCGAAAUAAUCCACUAACAGUGCAAUAUGUUUGACUCGCUUAUAAAAAAAAAAACUUUCGUUUGUCUUCCUCUAUUGUGUAAUUGUGAAAAUGGCCUAUUGUAUGUAAUCGAUUGAGCAUUUUUAUUUUAAUAUUUUUUUUUCUUUGUUAAAAUUAAUUUCGAUAAUGUGAUUACAUAUUAAAUGUAUGACUAUAAUAUAAUGUUUAGUUUUUUUUUUGUUUACUAUUUCAUGCAAUUUAUUUUUUUGAGUGGACAGUGCUUAAUACAAGAAUGAAAAACAAUUAUAGGCUUUUAUUGUGUUGACAAAUUCUAAAUUAGUUCAGAAACUCGAUAAACUGAUUAAUUGUUUAAAUAUUUGAUCUAAUACACACAGCUAUACAGAACGUGAAAUAUCGAUAUUUGCACAACACUAAUUUAGUGAAUCAUCGAUAUCUAUGACCGAUUAGUUAAAAUCGAAUCGUGAAACGAUAUUUUGUCAUAUUUCUAGUGAUUGUCCACUCAUGUUUUACAUCUUGACCCAUCUCUGUGUACUCAAACAGCAUUUUUUUUGUUAUUGUAGCGUCGACUGCCUUCUUUAUAACGUGCUCAAUAAUAGUAAAUAAUAAAUACGUCCGGAGUUUUAUUAAUCCUGACAUAUAAUAUGUAACGAUGACAUUAGAUUAAUUUUAUUUUCGUAACGGAAGACAUAUUCCUGGAUUCGACCCAAGAGCAUUCGAUCGAUAUUCCGUUUGGCAAUCGAUUUUGAUACUUAACUGACUGAUCUUAGAUUUCACAAUUGUUUGAACGUACGUAAAUAUUGCACUAGUACUCAUAAGUAGUUUUUGUUAUUUCGUGUUAUUAAACAGGAGGUUUAAACGAACAUUUCAGGAAUAAUUAAGUAAAUAUUUCUAGGAGAAAGUAAAAAUAUUAAAUUUUAUUUAUUUCACGCCUCUCACUAUGUAUUUUGUACGAUUUUUUAUGUUAUAUUCUUCAUACGUAUCAUAAGUGCGUAUUUAAUGAAUAUUCAAAAUAAAUAAAAAUAUAGUAUUUUAAAAUAAAUGCCUCCUCAAUUAAAACUUUAAAAUUCGAACAACAAUUUUAGCUAUACAAACUAGAGAGAAUGUAACAAAAAUUUAGAAAAAAACAAAGAAUUAUUUUAAGUUAUGCAUAAAUAAUUACAUAAUAAUAAUAAUAUUGGUAUUAGGUUUAUUAUAUUAUAUUAUUUAUAAUUAAUUUCGUGAAACUUGAAAAAACAACACACUUUAUUAAGAACGUAUCUUGUUAAAAUAAGUUUGUUGUAAGGCUUUCUUUAACCACUUUAGAAGUUCAUUAAUAGACCAAAUCGAUUGCACCGUAUUAUUUUAUUCAAAUUAGAAAAUAAAAUAAUCAAUCUUAAUCAUGAUACAACACUAAGCAUUUAAAUUUAAUUGAAAAUUGGAGUCGCAUUACACAUUAAUAUUUUAUUUGUCGAAUACAUUAAUAUGUCUUCCUUUUCGUCUUCAUAGCAAUCUUAAGGUAUUUAGUCAAUUAUUAUAUAGCUUUCUUUUUCUCUCAAUUUCGCUACUAAAUAAAUAACGCAACGGCUGAAACGAGUCAUACUUUAGCCUCGAAUCGAAUUGUGAUAGCUUGUGUGCUUGCGUGUUUCUUUACAAUCAUUCUUAUUUGUUCGAUAAAAUUUAUCGUUAUCGAUAGAAUGAGAAAAUCGAUAUUCUAAAUACAUUUUCGCCAGCAAUACGUUCGUUAAAGUACAAAUAUAGAAAGACUUUAAAGCUCAAGAGAUUUCACGAAUACGUAAAGUAUUUUAUUUAUUAUGGUAAAAUAUAAUUUUUAAAUAUACUUACUUUUCCAUAACCUAUCGAUAUCGAACCCCUUUAUUUCUAUAACGCACGCAUAAGCUAUUUUCUUGGCAAAUACCAGUAUUAAACAUUUUAUCUUCAGACUCUCAACUGCCAAGUAGUUUAAUUAGACGCGGGGUGGUCAGAUCAAAAAAUAGAAUUUCCCCUGAUUGGCAAUAAACUAUAACUUUCUACGAAAAUAUCUAUGAAUGUAUUUUGUUUUGUUGACUAUUAGGCAUUUUUUCCUGACUUUUCUGGACUUUUUUUAAAAUUGUACUAAUAAGUCUUUAAAUCUGGUAGCCCCGCUUAGUUGUAUUACUAUCGUUUGCUAAGCAAAACCUCUAGUUUUAAGCUUUUGUUCGAACGCUGCAUUUCUCUGUAAUCUAGUUUCAUAAUUAUUAUUUUUUGUGAAUCAUUGUGUUCUCAUUUUAUAUAUAAAGCUGGUGUUUCAAGUCUUGAAACUCGUAGCGACAAUGUGAAUACUAUACAAUUUAAAUAAAUGAAUUAUAUAAAGAAA